UCUUAAAUCCCAGGACCACCACCACCAGCAUCAGCACCUGGAAACUUGCUAAAAAUGCAACUUCUCAGGCCCUACUCUGAUUCGACCUAUUGAAUCAGAAAAUUCUGGGGGUGGGACCCAGGAAUUCGUUGUGUGUAACCAGUCCUCCUCAUGGUUCUAGUGCACACUGAAGUUGGAGACUAUUAUAGGAGAAUGGAAAGAGGUCCAGAGUUUGAACCAAGAGAUCUGAGCUCUAGUGUUGACUGUAGUUUGCCACUUUCACUUUCUUAAGCCUUAAUCUCUUCACCUGUGGAGGGAAGACAUAGACAGUGCCUUCAAAGAGCAUACAGGGUAGUUCUAGCUUGUCUGAAAACAAAAGCAAUAAAAACACAAAACCAUACAGACCUAUGGAAUCACGCUCUAGUCUGUGCACUUAGGAGCUCUGAGAGGAGAGCAAGCUGGCCCAGUAGAAUUGGACAAAAUCCCAAACCCAGACACUUUCUUGUCACAGGUUGUCUGCCAUUUCCUUUGCUAUCCUUCCAUGAAACUAACAUAUUCCCUCACUCUUUGUUCUGCACAAUCUGCAUUCCAAGAAUGAAAUCGCUUGCUAAAUUUAGCCAUUAUUUGUGAGGAAUUGCUUGAAUCAUGAUACAGCAGAGCACAGUUGAGCAAUCCAAGAAUAAAACCUUGACUUCUCCUUUCAUGCCAUGCUCCCCUCUGAAUCGUGGCCCACUCACCCUGGACAGAGCAGCAGAGCUCAAAGAGUCCGUCUCAGCUUCAGAGAUAGGAUGUGAACUUAAGGCACAUUUUCAGGCCCGGAGACACCUUCGGUUCCCAGAGCAGGCUUUAUCUGCAUCUCAGUCAGUGCCCACCCAGAGGUACACCAGAAACAAUUAUGAAAGGUUGUGAAGGUGCCGUAUGCAGAUUGCCUGAACUCUCUUGAAUUGGUAUAUUUUCCUACACGAUAAUUGCUAUAUAUUGUAUAAGUUAGAUAAAUAGCUCAUGGAGAAGUGGAGAGCCGCGACAGGGGUUUGUUCAGAAUGCUGAUGACUUCCACACUAGCUGCGUGCUGCUAAGAGCUGAGAGACUGUGUGCUGAAAGCUGCUGAGAGCGGCUUAAGAGCAGUGUCAAGAGCUAGACAUCCUGGCUAAUUGUAAAUACCCCCUUUCAGCACUGCCUUGAUGUCUCAUUAUGUCUUUAAAAUGAGACCCUCCUUCCUCCUCCUAACCCUGCACACAAUUCACAAUCCCUUCUCUGUCCCCCUUUUUAUUGCUGUUGUCUAAAAUACAUUAGCCAUGGGAAAAAUGACUCAUUUUUAGAGCAUCAUGCCUAACAAUGAUAAAAUUUACAUAAAAGCAGCAUCUGGAGGGUAAUCUGGGGCAAUCUACGGCCGGGUGAAAUCUGGGGACCUCAGGUCCCGGUCCGCACCAGCUCCCAGCGCGCCUCAUCGCCAUGCCUCGGAAAAUUGAGGAAAUCAAGGACUUUCUGCUCACAGCCCGACGAAAGGAUGCCAAAUCUGUCAAGAUCAAGAAAAAUAAGGACAAUGUGAAGUUUAAAGUUCAAUGCAGCAGAUACCUUUACACCCUGGUCAUCACUGACAAAGAGAAGGCAGAGAAACUGAAGCAGUCCCUGCCCCCUGCUUUGGCAGUGAAGGAAAUGAAAUGAGCCAGACACACUGAUUUCAACUGUAUUAAAAUACUAAAACCCU